GAUUCGCAAAUGUGAGUUUCUCACAUGCAGUAUAAAUGAUUCUUAAGGUCUGAAAAUUUAUUCUUCCAUGGAAGCUAUAAACUUAUAAUCUGUACGUAAAGAGCUUCAAAACUCUUUGAGGGACUGCCAAGUGUACUUGUUUUUUUAAAUUUUUUCUACUUUCAAUUUUCAAUAUGUUUUGGACUACAAUUUGGACAUUUUUUGUGAAUUAUAGUUUUUUGUCAUUUUUCCUGUUCUCAUCAAAAUGCAUAGCUUUUACAAUCGAUGAACUGAAAGCAAUUAAUUAUGAGGUUGAUAUUUUACAAACCCCUUUAAAAAAAGGAGAAGAUCCUACUUUUCCUGCAUUACAAUUAACUUCCAUCUUUGGUCAAGAAUAUCAAUGUAUGCUUCCACAUAUUGAAGAAGAAGAAUUAUCUGAAAAAGUAAUUUACAGUGAAAAAAGUACUGACAUUAAAGAACUUUUAAAGCCAAUGCAUGCAGGCAACUGUUUAUUAAAAGCUAAAGAUUGGUGGACUUAUGAGCUAUGUUUUGGGCAGCAUAUAAAGCAGUUUCAUAUUGAAGAUGGUCAAAUUAUUGGUCAAGUUCUAACUUUAGGAUUAUAUGAAUCUGAUUAUGACUGGAACAAUGAAACUGAUGAGGAAAAAUUCAAACAUACGAAACAGCGAUAUCAUUCACAAUACUAUGUUAAUGGAACAAAGUGUGAUUUGACUGGUCAACCUCGUACUGCUGAAAUCAGAAUAUUUUGCGAAGAAGAUUCAGGAGACUACAUUCAUCGUGUCGAUGAGCCUGGAACUUGUAACUAUGUUAUAACUGUUCAUACUUCACGUGUCUGCUCGCAUCCACAGUUGAAGCCUUUGCCAUCUAAAAAAGCUCAUACUAUUCCGUGUUAUCCUUUAUUGAGUGAAGAACAAUAUGCUAGUUACUUAGAAAAGUUAAAUGACGAAAAGGUGUUAGCUGACCAGAAAAGAAGUCAAUUUCUUAAUAACCAGCAGGAACGCUUGCAGGAAAUGAAAAAUGAAAAUUCACAGCAAAGUGAGAAAGAUAGUAGCCAGAAAUAUGAAGACCUUUACAAAAAUUUUAUUGAAGACUCAUCUGGUUCAUUCAUAGAUGAUAUUUCAGUUAAUAAGCUUGAAAAAAGCGAAGAGCAAUCUCAAGGAAAUGAAGAUAAAACAGAGGAGCAAGUUGAGUUAUUAUUAUUCCAAGAAUAUGAUAAAGAACUUGAAAAAUUAAAGUCAUUUAUAACACCUGAAAAGUUUGCUGCAGUAAAGCACAACAUUCAAGAAUUUUUUGAUAAUGUUAUAAAUGAGGCCGUAGAAGAUGAAAAUUCGGAACUUACUGAAGAAGAUAAAAAUGAUGCGUAUGUGAAGCUUACUACAACACUAAAUACACUUUUAAAAAAAUUGGACAAAGCAGAAAAAGAUGUUGUGGAAGCUACAAAAAAUCUUAAUAAAGAAAUAACUUCAAUUUCUGAGUCUACAACAGAUGAUAAAGAAGCAGAAAGUGUUAAGAAGAAAAACUCUGACAAUGAAGAAGAAGAAUCAGAAAAUGUAGAGAAGAAAAACUCUGACAAUGAAGGUGAAGAGGAAAGUGAUGUUAAAAUAGGCUCUUUACUCGAUAAGGCUAAUGUGGAGAAUGAUGAAUUUCAAGUUCGAAUUAGAAGGCUUGAUCGAGCAAAUUCUAAUGGAAAACUUUAUGAAAUAGACAGAGUACAACAAAAAAAAUUAGAGCAGGCUAUAAAAGAAAAACUUGAAAAAUAUGGUGUAAAUACAGGAGGUCGUAGAAUCGAAGUCAAAAUAAUUAAAGCUGGGUAUUAUGGAAGCCACUUGACAGACACAGAAGCUAGUCAAUUUGAAAAUAUGAUCACCGCAUUACUGACUGGUGAACAAGAAGCAAUACAAGAGAUGGAAAGGAAUAAGAAAUUAGAAGAAAACUAUAAAUUUAUUUGGAAAAAUGAAAAUGAUGAAGAAAAUGACUAAGUUUUUUUACAUCAGAUUGUUUAAUUUAUUGUGUAUAUUGUAAAUUUUCUGUGAUCAUUAAAAAAAAUUUU